AUGGACCCGGUGGCCUCGACGCUCAUCAACCCAUUGUCUACUGGGCAGUCAGAGUUUAUGACAGCGCCGACAGGAAGGAUAUUCUACUUGGGAACAUCAUCCAACUGGUCCUUCACACGUCGCGUCCUCAACAUCACGCACCAAUACAUCAACAAAACACCUCUACCCACGAGCGCACUCAUCUUCGAUGCCGCGGCCUACACCCUCGAUUGGGAUGGCUACCGCAUUGGGGAGGGCCCCGAGAUGCCGGCCCUCCCAACGCAGGACUAUGCCAUCUACCUGGUCAACGCAGUGAAGUUUCACUGCAGCCAGAUGUUCCACCUCUUCGAUGAAGAACCCAAAUCCAAGGGCUGA